GCGCGCAGUCUCGGGCCCCCGGCUUGGAUGGACGCCCUGAGGCUGCCCGGGCAUCCAGGGGUCUUGCUUCCGAAGUUGGUCCUGCUUUUAGUCUACGCAGAGGAUUGUCUUGCUCAGUGUGGCAAAGAUUGCAGAUCCUAUUGCUGCGAUGGGACCACGCCCUACUGUUGCUCCUACUACGCCUACAUUGGGAACAUUCUCUCGGGCACUGCAAUUGCUGGCAUCGUCUUUGGAAUCGUGUUCAUCAUGGGGGUCAUUGCUGGAAUUGCCAUAUGCGUCUGCAUGUGCAUGAAAAACAACCGGGGCACCCGGGUGGGUGUCAUCAGAACCACCCACAUCAAUACCAUCUCCUCCUACCCUGUGCCACCACCCCCCUAUGGUUACGACCACGAGAUGGAAUACUGUGCAGACAUGCCUCCUCCAUACUCCCCAACUCCACAGGCCUCAGCACAGCAUUCUCCACCCCCUCCUUAUCCUGGACAUUCACGGAAAUAA